AUGGCGGUACAGGAUCAGAACCAGGAAGGGAAGUCAAACUUAGGACCUGAAUCGUCGGGAGGGCGUAAAGCUCUUCCGAACUUUCUUUUAUCAGUGAGGCUCAAGUAUGUCAAACUUGGGUACCACUACUUGAUCUCUAAUGCCGUCUACUUCUUACUAGUCCCUUUGAUGGCCGUAGCGUCGGCCCAUCUCUCAACGCUAACCCUCGAGGACUUCGUCCAAUUAUGGCACCAACUCAAGUUCAACUUUGUGUCAGUCACUUUGUGCUCAGGCCUCUUGGUUUUCUUAACCACCCUCUACUUCACCACCCGCCCAAGAAAAGUUUACUUGAUGAACUUCGCUUGUUACAAGCCCGAGUAUGCUAUCACGUGCACACGUGAGCUGUUCAUGGAGAGGUCUAAGAUGACAGGCAGCUUCUCAGAUGAGAACUUGGCUUUUCAGCAAAAGAUUCUUGAGAGGGCCGGGCUGGGGCAGAAAACCUACAUGCCCGAGGCCGUGAUGCGGGUCCCGCCGAACCCGUGUAUGGGCGAGGCGAGGAAAGAGGCGGAAAUGGUGAUGUUUGGUGCCAUUGACGAGUUGCUGGAGAAGACUGGGGUGAAGCCUAAGGAUAUUGGGAUUUUGGUGGUGAACUGCAGCUUGUUCAAUCCGACGCCGUCUUUGUCCGCCAUGGUUGUGAAUCACUACAAGCUUAGAGGGAAUAUUGUGAGCUACAAUCUUGGUGGGAUGGGUUGCAGUGCUGGGCUGAUUUCUAUUGACCUUGCCAAACAGCUUCUCCAGGUGCACCCAAACUCUUAUGCCCUAGUGGUAAGCAUGGAGAACAUCACCCUCAAUUGGUACUUCGGCAAUGAUCGCUCAAUGCUUCUCUCCAACUGCCUCUUCCGAUUGGGCGGUGCAGCCAUCCUCCUCUCCAACCGUUCCUCUGACCGCCGCCGCUCGAAGUACCAACUCAUGCACACUGUCCGCACCCAUAAAGGUUCAGAUGACAAAGCAUACAACUGUGUUUUCCAAAAGGAAGAUGACACAAAAAGAGUCGGUGUUGCUCUCUCAAAAGACUUGAUGGCUGUUGCUGGAGAAGCCCUUAAAACCAACAUCACCACACUUGGCCCAAUAGUCCUACCCAUGUCAGAGCAACUCCUCUUCUUUGUUACUUUGGUGGCAAGAAAGGUGUUCAAGAUGAAGAAUAUCAAACCCUACAUCCCGGAUUUCAAGCUGGCGUUCGAACACUUCUGCAUUCACGCCGGUGGGAGAGCAGUGCUGGAUGAGAUGGAGAAGAACCUUGAGCUCAGUGAGUGGCACAUGGAGCCUUCGAGAAUGACACUUUAUCGGUUUGGGAACACUUCAAGCAGCUCUUUGUGGUAUGAACUGGCUUACACUGAGGCCAAGGGGAGAGUAAGGAAGGGUGAUAGGAUGUGGCAGAUUGCGUUCGGGUCAGGUUUCAAGUGUAACAGUGCUGUGUGGAGGGCUUUGAGGACUGUUAAUCCAGCUAAAGAGAAGAACCCUUGGAUUGAUGAGAUUGAUCAAUUUCCUGUUGAUGUGCCUAAAGUGGCCCCAUGCAAGGCUUCUUAA